AUGCUCGCACUCCGCACAAGCUGCAAAAUGUUGGCGCCAACUCUCGCGACCCACACCGUCGUGAUCGGUGGUGGCAUUAUCGGCUCCUCUUCGCUUUACUACUUGGCCAGACACCCCGGCCGACCGGCCGGGUCCACGAUCACACUCAUCGAAGCGUGCAACGAGGUGGCGCCUGGCGCUAGCGGCAAAGCUGGUGGCUUCCUGGCACUAGACUGGCACGGCAUUGAAACGGCCAGCCUUGCUGAGCUGAGCUUCAAGCUGCACCGCGAGCUCGCGGACGCUGGUAACGGCAAGGAAAGGUGGGGGUAUCGGGAUGUCGAGACACUUCAAGUCCACCUUGAUACAACGAAGAGCCGCUCGAAAUGCCCAAAGGAGCUCGAUUGGGUCGACUCGAAAAUUGUAACUUCGACAAGUAGCAUGGGCGGCGGUGGGACAACGGCGCAAGUCACUCCAAAGCAUUUGGUCCAGUACUUGGUUGAAGAAGCUUGCAAGCAACCCGGAGUGAGCGUGCGGCUUGGCACUCGCGCCACAUCACUAGAGACGACAUUCAAUGGUGCCGUGAAAGCUUUAACUGUUACUGAUUCUGUAGGGAAAGAGGAAAGCCUGCCGAUCGAUCGUCUGGUCGUCGCAGCUGGCCCCUGGACCGGCAAGCUAUUGGCCCCGUCGUUGAUCCCAUGCCAAUCGCCUUCACUGUCCGACUCACGCACCGCCAAGAUCAUCCGCAAAGCGCAGAGCAUCGACGGCUCGCGCGCGCACUCAAUCAUCGUACGCGGUACCCGGCCUACGUCGAACCAUUGUCUGUUUACCGAGAUGCGCUAUGGCCCUGGUGGCCGGAAAGCGGGUGCGCCCGAAGUAUAUGCGCGCAGUGAUGACACGGUCUACGUCUGCGGCGGCUCGGACGACGUGCCGCUGCCGCUGUCCGCGGACGAGGUCUGCUAUGACCCAAAGAAGACCAAGGAGCUAAUCGAGCAGGCCCGCGUAAUCAGCCCAGAUGUUCUGGGAGCGGAUGCGGCUGUCGUGGCAGAGCAGGCGUGCUAUCUCCCAUGCGGCAAUGGUCCACCCGUCGUCGACGGCUCACCAGCGACCGGGCUCUAUGUUGCAGCAGGACACACUUGCUGGGGUAUCACGCUUGGCCCUGGUACUGGAAAAGUCAUUGCCGAACUCAUCUAUGAUGGCGAGGCAAAGUCUGCCGACAUUCAACUACUGAUGGUGUAGUUCAUAUCCGCGCUGAUACCCGCACUACACGCACAGAGCGCAUGUUUCACUCCCUAAUCUUACACAAUACUCAG